CCUCCUUCCGGUGGUGAUUAGUCUACCUGUGACUGAAUUAAAAUUGUUUGGCCCUUUGGUUAGUAGCAAGGGAGUUUCAAAGCAACUAGUUUUGCUGUCUUUAUUUUCUGCUACUAUCUGACUAGUACUAGUAUUGUUUAGUCAAGCUGGGGAUUUGUAUAGCCAAAUGAUGGCUGCAAGUCUUGGCGUAAGUAUUGGACUAUCAUUCCUUUAUUUGGGGGUUCUUGGAAGUCCCAAAGGUUACAGUAUUCCAGAAGGAGUGGCCGUACAGUCAGAAUGUCGUGAUCGAUACCUAUGGGUGCAUGUUGGUUCGUCUGGCAACGCGCCUCAGUUUGAGGCUGUAGGUGUGGCUGGUGUGCAUCCCAUAGAUGAAAAGACUGCUUCCCGGUGUGGUUACACCAUCAGCACCUUCAAGAUGGAUGGCUACACCACUCUCAGGGCUUCCUACUUCUCCUGUCACACUGACAACCAGAAUGAUGAGGUAUUCACCUUCCAGUUCAAUGUCAUUGUCACGGAUGCCAAGGACCAACAGUCGCGCUACCCUUUGUAUCAGACCUGCUCCCUGCCACUGCCCUGGUCCCAACGGGAGGUUAUAUGUGAAGAGGACUACAUGGAGGUAACUGUGGGGAGAGAUGUUCCUUGUACUACCUCUGAAGGAACCUCAAAGGAAGCAUGGAGGGCAGCCCAUUCUGUUGCCCAAAAGAUGGCAAAUUCUGCAUGGCAGGUAAUGUUCCUGAAGAAUGAGGAAAAAAUGGCCACCAUGUCUGUCGCCGAAGCCCAUCAACUGGGUUAUGAGCUGAGUGCCACUCCGAAAAGGGUUGUCUUCCGCUGUCCCUACAGACAAAACCAUUCGGAAAUCGUAAUGGUUGCCGGUGUUGCGGUGGAGGUCAUUCACGGGACAGUGUUCUUCCGUCAGAAAAUGAUGGUGGUCAUGAUUGACAUAUCUGUGGCCUGCACCAUAAACCCAGGAUACUUUGACGGGGCCAGGCUACUCUGGGACACCCCCAGGAUCAUGAACCCCUUGGUUCACAGCGGCGUUGGCUUUGAGAGCAAGCAGAUCAACGUGGGUGUGGAGAGCCAACUGCUGGAUGAGGGCACAGCGAGGGCCAGGGGCUACACUCUAGAAGUCAACGGGCUCAUGGUACAGAUGGGUAUCCCCUUUGGUGCCAAAGGAGGAUAUAGGAAGAGUUUGGUGACAAACAAUAUCUACCGGGAGAUGUACGUGGCUUUCCUGUUCUAUGAGCAUGUGUUCUCUCAUGUCUACACUGAUGGUAGCACUGUUGAAACGAGACACCGGCUGCUCAGGGUAGUGGACACUCCAUUGCUGUGCCGGCACCCCUUCACUGUUGAUGUCGAUGCCCUUUCUCCAUACCACAAGACCAGCGUUGAAGAACAUGCGUUCAACGUGUACUUGGGGAACAUUCCUCACGACGUGGCUCUGAUUGAAGUGAAGUUGAAUGAAAAGCAGUUCUCUGUAUCUGACGCUGCAGAACAUGGUUACACCAUCAGUAAGGUCGUCCAUGCCAAUGGCACUCAUGCCUAUACUAUCACGGUUCCUUUUGACGACAAGGCUGUUUAUAGGACAUACUUAGGUGAGGGGCUCCUCCAGUACUCCAUGGACAUAAACUACACGUUAAGCAUCAUGCCCCAGGAAGAGGCUUACUACCAUCUAGCCUCUGUUGUGGAACAGCUCAGCGACGCAUUCCCUCCUGAGCUGAAAGGGGUUUGCACAGGAAGAGGAAUUGUCUUUGACAUGACCCAGCCAAGACUGGGAUACCUGUGGGAGAUCGGGGUCGGGCAUGACCCUCUAACACCAGAGCUGGUGGCUGAAAGAGGGUACAACCUGCGAAACGAAAGCCAUAGUUUGACCUUGGAGGUGCCACUGUUCACUGUUGGCUACACUUAUGAGGAUAUCAACUUGAGGCAUUUUUAUGGCACAUUUGAAGUACUCUCAAGAGAUUCAAAGACUUUGGAGAUCCAGACAGCAACAGCAACGCGCUGUCUUUUCAGACGUGAUCAGCUUAUAAUCUGUUCAAAUGACGGGACCAUGACUGUGGUGACCAGUACAAAAACUACCUGGCCUGCAGUGACUCCAGCCAGUACUACCCUCUUGGACAGAACCUGUAAACCAAAAUUAUCGGACGACUCAAGAGUUCUGUUUGAGUUUGGCUUGAACACGUGCGGGACCACGGUUACGGUUGAAGACUCUUUUGUAGUGUAUGAAAACGAGAUCCUGUCUUAUAGGGAGCUCAUACCUGACAGCAAUUCUUUCAUCUCCAGGGAUUCUAAAUUCAGACUCACAGUGCAAUGCUUCUACCCACUCCGCUCAGUCAGUAGGCUAUUUGUGGACAGGAUUUUCGAAUCUGAAAUGCCUGGGUUUGGCUCAAUCAAAUUCACAGGGAGCACCAAAGAUGGCGCAACUAAUAAACCAGUGCCUGGCUGUCCCCAGCAAGUUCCCACCAACACUGAAAGUGUCCAGGUUAUCAGCACACAACCUUCUCCAAGCAAUCAUGAGGUGUCACAGACAGGGGGGCAUUAUAGUACCAACUAUGGCUCUUCAACUACUGACAACACCCUGGAUCCUUCUCUCAGCCAUUCCAUUACACUCCAAGGCAGUGGUGCCCCACAAUCAUCCAGCAAUGUACAAAGUGUUCUGAAUCGCUAUGGACUUGUGCAAGGUGGAAGUGCUUAUGGUACUGGCCAACACAACUUAAGUGAUAAUGACACCCCAGCCCUUAACGUUUAUGGAUCAACCCAGGAUGGUAAUACUCCACAUCGAAAGGGUAUGGGAAUCAGGCCUGAAACUGAUGGAGGCAGCAGGCUCAGUGGAUAUGGGCAAUUCCCCAUCCACAGCCCUGUCCAGGUUGGAGGGAUCAAAGAUAUCCCAGGCCACUAUAGGCCUACAUCUGCAAAGACUAUCAAUGUCCAACCUCCUAGUGUUGUCAAUCCAGUUCCCAGCCACUUAAACAGUACUCCUGGUGGCAGCUUUCAAAAUGCACAGGAACAUUUGAGACCUCACCCAAACUACAAUGAUGGGAGUAAGAUACCAAGCAAUUCUGCCCAACAUGAGAUGUACAAUACUGUACAAUCUGCGAAGUUGAGCAAACCAGCCCCAAGCCAUCAUGCAACUGUCCAAACGGUGAACAAUAAGGCCACUUUAAGUGACUAUACUGCACAAAGUAGCAGCACACCGCAGUAUUCUGGAGGUAAUGUCCUCUCUGGCUUAAGACGCUAUAGCCAAUAUGGUGUUUUGCAAAGGUCUGAUGGCAUAUCUACCCCCCAGCAAUAUGUCAAGCCAGCCAGUGAACAAUAUACUCCUGACAUUGUCAAGACCCCAAGACACUAUGACACUCCAAGCAAAGUAAACCCUUUCCCUGCUUCCUAUGUUAACCCGAAUACUAAAUUACAACCUGGUUCCAACUACAACACAUAUGCCCAGCAUUUUGGUGUGAAACAAGUCCUUCCUGAUAAUGUGUAUGGUUCUUCUCAAGUAACUAACAGCUUCCAGCAAGUCCCCAGUCACAAGGUCCCACUAGGUGACCAUGCCCAGGGUACCUCAAGUUAUGUGAAACCUGCUUCCAGAGACCACUUUGCUGUCCAAGGUGUAGAUCGUCAACCUACCACCAGCAAAGUCCCUGAAUACAGCAUGUAUGGGGAUAACCAAAGUGGUUUAUCUCAAGUUCCUGGUCAUGAUGGUCUCGGCCAUGAUGAAACCACCUUAGGAGAAGUGAAGCCCACCAAAGCCCAAUGGGCACCAAUUAAGAUCCUUGUACCUAGCCAACUUUCUGUAAAUGAAUAUGGACCUAGCAAGGGACAAUAUGCCAAGCCUGCUUCUGGCCAUUAUGGAGCCUCAGUUGGCAGGACUGAAAUUGUCCACAGUGGCGCAAAACCUAACACAGACUAUUACAACACAGCACAGGGCACAGUCUACCAAUCUUCAGACAAUGUCCAGUCUACCCCUCAUCGCCAUCAGCCUGCACAAAUGGGAAGUAUCACUCAACUUCACCCAAGUAAUGCAAAACCUGUUCACUAUGGUACAUGCCAAAGCAGCGAACUUGAUAGUAGUGCAGCCUCUAGCUUCUAUGGAACCAGCCAGGACAAAAAGUAUGUCCCUGUGGCUAGCAAGUAUGAUGCUUCCAAAAGCAAUCAUGUCCAACCAGCUUCUAACCAGUAUGUGGGAAUGCAAACCAGGAUUGUUACACCUGGUCAGUACAGUGGAACUUUGCAGAAACUAGCUACUAGCCUGCAUGCUGCCUCUCAACCACAUAACGUCCAACCCACUACUAGCCGGUAUGGUGCUACUCAACACACUGCAAUCAAACCUGCCUUUAGCAAACAUCAAGGUUCACAAAGUGAUAGAGUUGAACCUGCUACUAGCGAGUAUGUAACCCUUCAACACCACAGCAUCCAACAAGCUCCUGGCCAGGAUGUUUCUCAAAGCAGUAGUGCUAAACCUGCCCCAAGCACAUCUCAAUCAGUGCCUAGCCAGUAUGAAGGUUCUCAAAGCAGCAGAGUUCACCAAGCCCCUAUUGGGACUAGUCUUUUUCAACAGAACAUCAUACAUCGUACUUCUAACCAGGACAGGGGUCCACAAAAUGUCAGCGUUAAACCUACUCCCAACAAGUCUGCUCCUACUCAAAGUAAUAUCAACCAACAAGCUACUGGCCAGUAUGGAGGUUCACAAAGCUACAGAGUUGAGCCAGCACCACCUCAACAGAUCAGUAUCCAACCUGCCACUAGUGGCAUAAGGGAACCCUUUCCCAGUCAGUAUGCUUCUUCUCACCUAAACAUUGACCAACAAGCUACAAGCCAGUAUGGAGGUUCACAAAGCCACAGAGUAACCUCAGCUCCUAACAAGUAUGGUGCUUCUCAAUACUUAGGCUUCAAACCUAGAGAUGGUACAGAUGAACCUGCCACAGGAAAGUAUAAUACCACUCAACGUCACAACAGCGAACAAACUACUGGCCAUGAUGCCGCUCAAAACCGCAGUGCUAAUCCUGCUCCGAACACUUUGCAACCAGUGCCUAGCCAAUAUGGUCCACAAAGGGACAGAGUUGAACCUAUUCAAAUCCAGUCUACUGUUCAGUAUGUUAAACCAACUACUGGUGGUCACCAAAGCAGUGAUGAAAUAGCUUCCCUACGUGGAUCUCAACCAGUGCCCAGCCAGUAUGAGGGCUCACAAAGCAGCAGUGUUGACCUUAUUCCAACAAGGGCUAACUUUUUUCAACAGAUCAUCCAACCAGUUACAAACCAGGACAGGGGUCCAAUAAACAUCAGUGUUAAACCUACAACCAGCAGGUAUGCUCCUUCUCAAGGUAACCUCAGCCAGCAAUCUUCUAGCCAGUAUGGUGCUGUUCAAAAGAUCGGUGUCAAACCUGCUCCAAACAAACAUCAAGGUUCACAAAGUGGUAGAAAUGAAUCUGCCACUGACAAGUAUACUAACCCUCAACACCACAGCAUCCAACAGGCUACUGUUCAGUCUGCAGCACAAGGACAAGAGCGAAAUCCGCUUGCAGUCAUAAGUGGUAGCCAUGUUGAUUCUGAUGGAUCAGACCCUUGUGAGGAAUGUUCCCUGGGCAACUCUGGAGGAAAUUCAAACUUUAUAAAAGAUAGCCGUGGAGGCCAGCUUAUUGUUUCUCAAGACACUGGUGCCCAAGACAAUCCCAGCCGUGUCAGUCCUAUUGAUCGUUUGUUCAACCAAGGGUCAGCCCAAAGUGGUAGUGCCCAAUCAGUGGAAACGCAACAGAACUUUGCCCUGAGCAACAUUGUCCAUUAUUCCCCCAGCCAUUUCCAACCAACAUCUCAGGGUGGGAACAUAAAUGGCCAACCUGACCCCAUUCAUGGAACCACUUCUAACCUCCAUCAGCCUGUGCAGCAUGGUGGUCAUAGUCGAGCAUUAAACAGAGGUAAAACUGCACUAGGCCACCUUGGGUCUGCACAGCUUGCCAGUGCCCAGCUGUCACCCAGCCAAGUAAAACCAGCUUCCAGCCAUUACAGUAAAUACCAAGAUGGUAAUAGCAAGAAUGCUUAUGGCGAUGUCCAAUCGGCCAAUAGUGCCAAUGAAAAUGCCCAGGGCAGCAAUGGCCAACCUGAUCGUAGUCAACAUGGGUCACCUUUAAGCUUCUAUAGAGCUGUUCAAGGUAGUGCUAAGAAACCGUUAUCAAUAACCAGUGUUCAAUCACCAAGAUAUGGGGUUGUACAAACAGGCAAUAUCCAACGAGACAGAAACCCCAACACUCCUAGCACCCUUCAUCCACAUAGUCAGUAUGGUGCAAACCAACUUGGUCUUGGUAGUGGACAAACUCUUUCAGAUCACCGUGGGUACUUGUCUAGACUCAAAGGCACCCAAGGUGGAGCUGAGAAUAAUCCCAACAACUUGAACUACAUCUCUACAGAAAAAGGACAAGAUCCAAACCUGCUCAAAGUCAUCAGUGGUAACCAUAUUGAUGCUGAUGGAUCACAUGAAAACUCUGGGCCAAGUUCAAAUAACCCUCUAAACCCCAGGAGCAGUGGCCCAGGCCGCUACGGUGGUAGCGUGCAUGAAGGCAUCUUGAGAGGUAAGCGUGGCCAAUGAAGUUAAAAAGCCAAGGUCCUACCAUCUGCUGAGACGAAUUGCCCCACGGCUGACGAAAUCCCACCACUGCCCUCCACGAAUUGCACCUCGGACACGAUGAUGUUGUCCUCCAGCA